CGGAGGAAGUGGACGCAUUUAUUGGUAGAUCCGCAGACCUGGCGGAAGUCCAAAUAUUCGCCCCCCUUUUUUUUCUUCUGAAACUGCCUGAACAAACCGCCCACAUCUGCGCAGUCUAACAGGCUGGUACUUUUCCCUGGCUCCGAGUCAAAACCAAAGACGAAGUUUCUUGAAAAGCGAGACUCGAACCCAACAGCCAUGGCAGAGCUAACUCAUAUGAUAGACAGCGAGGUGUUCCUGGCCUUCUCUACCUACGCCACUAUCGUCGUUCUCAAGAUGAUGCUGAUGUCUCCUAUGACUGGAUACUUCCGCAUCACGAGAAAGGCAUUUGCUAACCAGGAGGACACCAGUCUGGCCUCCUCGACAGGGGACAAGAAGAAGCUGGUCAGGGUGGAUCCUGAUGUGGAGAGAGUACGAAGAUGCCACCAGAACGACCUGGAGAACAUCAUUCCGUUCAUAGUGAUUGGUCUGCUGUAUACCCUGACGGGGCCCGACCUCUCCACUGCUCUGCUCCACUUCCGGGUGUUUGUUGGUUCCAGGCUCUUCCACACGGUGGCCUACGUCCUCCCCCUGCCCCAGCCCAGCAGAGCUGUGGCCUUCCUCAUCGGACUGGUCACCACCAGCUCUAUGGCCUAUAGGGUUCUGACGACUGCGCUUUAUCUGUAGAGGCUUGAGGGACACACACACACACACACACACACACACACACACACACACACACACCACUACAAGGGCCUUGUCUUUGAGGGUCUCCAUUGAAUGUGCUUGAGGAUACAUAUACGUUUAUCAAAGUUGUUCCUUCUGUGUCUGAUAGGAUUAUAACAUGCUGUUACUGCAGUACAUAUCAGAAUGUUACUGCAGUACAUAUCAGAAUGUUACUGCAGUACAUAUCAGAAUGUUACUGCAGUACAUAUCAGAAUGUUACUGCAGUACAUUUCAGAAUGUUACUGCAGUACAUAUCAGAAUGUUACUGCAGUACAUAUCAGAAUGUUACUGCAGUACAUAUCAGAAUGUUACUGCAGUACAUAUCAGAAUGUUACUGCAGUACAUAUCAGAAUGUUACUGCAGUACAUAUCAGAAUGUUACUGCAGUACAUAUCAGAAUGUUACUGCAGUACAUAUCAGAAUGUUACUGCAGUACAUAUCAGAAUGUUACUGCAGUACAUAUCAGAAUGUUACUGCAGUACAUAUCAGAAUGUUACUGCAGUACAUAUCAGAAUGUUACUGACAGUACAUAUCAGAAUGUUACUGACAGUACAUAUCAGAAUGUUACUGCAGUACAUAUCAGAAUGUUACUGCAGUACAUAUCAGAAUGUUACUGCAGUACAUAUCAGAAUGUUCCUUCUGUGUCUGAUAGGAUUAUAACAUACUGUUAAUGCAGUACAUAUCAGAAUGUUACUGCAGUACAUAUCAGAAUGUUACUGCAGUACAUAUCAGAAUGUUACUGCAGUACAUAUCAGAAUGUUACUGCAGUACAUUUCAGAAUGUUACUGCAGUACAUUUCAGAAUGCUACUGCAGUACAUAUCAGAAUGUUACUGCAGUACAUAUCAGAAUGUUACUGACAGUACAACAGUACUGGGAGUACUGACAGUAUGUCCCAGAAUCAAGCCUCUGUUGAGUCUCAUUCUCUAUUAGCAGCAACAGGAUGUUGAGGCCAGUCAGUUCUGAAAAUAAAAUUUGAAUUUCAAGAGUUUAA